AUCGACAUACUCAUAUGCAUAAACUUUCACCCAUAGUUUCACAAUUUCUUCAUUCGACCGCGAUUGUUCUAUGCGCUCAACACAUGCAGUGACCCAGUAAAUCGACGCAGUUCUACGAAUCCUGCAAAGUUGUUUCGAAUAUCCGCGCAUGCACAGUGGAUUAUUGUUCAUCGAGUGGUUUGAUGAUGAAUGAUCACGCUGGAGGGCGCAGCGUCUGCCUGACCUCGCUCAGAAACUCCGACAGCGACUAUCACAACUCCGAUGCUGAUUCAGAGCCAAAGGAAAAGAGCCGGCGGAGAGCCGGUGGAAUAUUGUUCAACUUUAUUUGUGGACUCUGCAUUGUUCUCGCCUUAAUCUGCGCCGGCCUGAUCACUUUCAUUAUACUUCUGGAAGCCAGAUACGACAUCUCCGAAGCAUUUGCCGAUUCUAGUAAAAGUGACUACCUUGUCACCAUGCCACAGAACGAGACGCUGAAUGGCUUAACAUUUCGGUUGCCAAAAAAUGUAAAGCCGAUACACUAUGACUUGUACUUGUUCCCUGAUCUAUCGAAAGGAACCUUCAAGGGAAACGUUACGAUUGCAGUAGAUGUAUCAGAAAAAAGGGACUACAUUUGCCUUCAUCAGAAAGAUUUGAAUAUCAUUUCUACAAAGGUGGUCACUAUUGGCCGCGAGAAAAAUUGGGAAGUUGAAAUUCAAGAGAGUUAUGCUGUUGAAAAAUUAGAAACAUGGGUAAUCGCAUCGAAAAAAGAAAUUCAACCUGGACUUUAUAAUAUCACGUUAGAAUUUGAAGGGGCCUUGCAACCAGAUAAAAUUGUUGGCUUUUAUUCCAGUACUUACAAAGAUGAAUUAAAAAGAACAAGGGCAAUCGCUACAUCAAAAUUUGAACCCACCUAUGCAAGGCGUGCAUUUCCAUGCUUUGAUGAACCAGGAUUCAAAGCAGAGUUUUCAAUCAAAGUCGUACAGCCAGCCGGCGAUGGCUACACGUCCCUUUCUAACAUGAAUGUCCAGAGUGCUGAAGUAAACAAACCUGAGCCAGGUUUAACGACAGUUACAUUUGCCAAAAGUGUGCCAAUGUCAACUUACCUUGCUUGCUUCAUCGUAAGCGACUUUGUGGCUGUGACAGAAGAAGCCAAAGGUCUUGCAGGACGGACUUUUCCCGUAAGUGUUUAUACAACACGAGCACAGCAAUCGAAAGGUGCCUUUGCACUGGACAUUGGAGUAAAAGCUAUAGAAUACUACAUUAACUUAUUUAACAUCGACUAUCCACUGCCAAAGCUAGAUAUGGCUGCUAUUCCCGACUUUGUUUCUGGAGCGAUGGAGAAUUGGGGUCUUGUUACGUAUAGAGAAGCACGUCUCUUGUACGACAGUGCUAAGAGUUCCACAGCCAACAUGAAGAGUGUCGUCACUGUAGUGUGUCACGAAUUUGCUCACAUGUGGUUUGGUAACCUUGUGACCAUGGCAUGGUGGAAUGACUUAUGGCUUAAUGAAGGAUUUGCUACCUACAUGGAGUUUAAAAGCUCAGAUGCUAUACUUCCGGAAUGGGGCAUGAUGGAUCAGUUCUUAGUUGAUUUGGUUCACCCAGUUUUCAAAACUGAUGCCACUCUCAGUUCGCACUCAAUAGUUCAAACCGUCAGUAACCCUGACGAAAUAACAGCCAUCUUUGAUGUGAUUUCUUAUAACAAGGGUGCGUCCAUUCUACGUAUGCUCGAUAACUUUAUUGGCUCUGAUAUUUUCUACGCAGGAAUAACUAAAUACCUGAAUCAAUACGCGUAUCAAAAUGCAGAGACAUCUGAUCUCUUUUCCAUUUUGCAAAAUGCAGUUGAUUCAAGUUUGCAUAUCACAGAUAUCAUGGACACCUGGACUAGGCAAAUGGGAUUUCCUGUUGUCAAUGUCGUCAGAAAUGGCAAUGUUUAUAUAUUAACCCAGAAACGAUUCCUGGCUGAUCCUAAAGCCGCCUAUAACUCGAGUGAUUCAAAUUAUGGAUACAAAUGGACUAUUCCCAUUACCUACACAACUAGUGCGAGUUCCAAACCAACGCUGGUAUGGUUUGACAAGGAUGCCAGUAGCUUGUCUAUUACUCUUGACGAGUCAGUACAAUGGAUCAAAUUAAACAAAGAUCAAAUUGGGUAUUAUCGUGUGAAUUACGAAAAAGCUGAGUGGAUGGCACUCAGUAACGUUUUAAAAUAUAACCACAAGACAUUUUCUGCUUCGGACAGAACACAUCUACUGGAAGAUGCAUUUAGUCUAGCAGAUGCUACUGAGCUGGACUAUGCUAUAGCAAUGGACAUGACUGCAUAUCUUAUUGGUGAGACACAUUUUGUCCCGUGGAAGGUCGCUGCUUCAAAACUGAGCACCAUUAACUCUCUACUUGUCUCGACAGACCUAUCCACUCGUUUUAGAAGUUACGUAAAAAACUUGGUCAACAGCACCUACGAAGCUGUCACAUGGACAGUGGGUGUCGAUGAAAGUCAUGUCACUCUCCGUCUUCGCACCACCAUCUUAGAAAUAGCAUGCAGGGUUGGUCAUGCUGAGUGUUUGGCUGAAGCCGGAAAGCUCUUCACUAGCUGGAUAAAUGAUCCAUACGAUAAUCGCCCUCAUUCUGAUGUUCGAUCUCUGAUAUACUACUAUGGAAUGAAUUCUGUGGGUGGAGAGGCUGAAUGGAACACCAUGUUCGAUAAAUUUGUCAAUGAGACAGAUUCUACAGAAAAACUGAAACUGAUGCAUGGUUUGGCGGGAAUUAAAUCAGUUUGGAUCCUGAACAAAUUCAUUAAUCUGGCGAUCGAUGAAAAGUACGUUAGAUCUCAGGAUUAUUUUACCUGUAUUAAUAACAUUGCCGCUAAUCCUGUCGGGACGCCUCUGGUUUGGGAUUGGAUUAGAGAGAACUGGGAAAUCUUGGUCAAACGUUACACGUUAAACAACCGCUAUCUCGGACAACUGAUUCCAGGAAUUUCUAAAACUUUCGCUACUCAGCUCAAGCUCGACGAAAUGCUAGCUUUCUUUGCAAAGUAUCCGGAAGCAGGAGCCGGCGCGACUUAUAGAGCUCAAGCCUUGGAAACUAUAUCUAACAAUAUCAAAUGGCUUGAAAAUAACUCUGUCAAACUUGACUCCUGGCUGGAAUCUAAGAAAUAAUUGUAAUGAUGUGGCCCAUGUACUCGAUUUUAUUGAGGUGAUAAACUCUUCUAUGAGAGAAAUGGAUUUUUAUUGUAUGUAUACUAAAGAAAUGUGAAUCAUCAGCAGUAUACAUAAACAUUUAAUACGUGAGAAUCACAUUUGUCAUUGUUGACUAGUCUUUAUUGAAUCUGUCCACGUUUCUUUCAUGAGAACGGAUGAAAUUAAUGAUAUUACUCGUCUUG